GCAGCUCUCUCUCCCUCUGUCUCUCUGUCCCUCCCUCAGACGCCCCCACAUUCACUCUCUCCUUUUCGCUCUGUCCGUCUCAAGCACAGCAUCUCUUCUCUUUCCUCUUCUGGACACACGACAAUCAUGUCCGCAAACGGCGCCGACGGGGACCUGCUGCAGAUCCCACUGGGACUCAUCAACAGCAUCGGGAAGUAUCUGACGGCGGAGACCUUCGGCUUCAAGAUCAACGCCUCGGCCAGCAGCCUGAAGAAGAAGCAGACCUGGACCCUGGAGCAGACCGGGGAGGACGGCAGCGCCGUCUUUCUCCUCUCACACCUGGGCCGCUACCUUGCCACGGACAAAGACGGCAACGUUACCGCGGACAGCGAGACGCGCGGCCGGGACUGCCGCUUCGUUAUAACCGCGCACGAGGACGGGCGGUGGUCGCUGCAGUCCGAACCUUACGGUCGGUUCCUCGGCGGCAGCGAGGACCGGAUCACGUGUUUUGCGCAAACGGCCUCACCGGCGGAGAGAUGGAGUGUGCACCUGGCUGUGCAUCCGCAGGUCAACUUGUACAGCUUUGCGCGCAAACGCUUCGCCCACCUGAGCGUCCAAGGGGGCCCGCAGGAGGUCUCAAUAGACCGGGAUGUCCCAUGGGGGGUCGACUCGCUUGUGACACUGGUCUACCGUGAUCAACGCUACCACCUCGAGACCUCCGAUAAUCGCUUCCUUCGCAACGAUGGCAGCCUGUCCACCAAAACGGACAAGGAUACCGGCUAUAUGCUGGAGUUCCGCUCCGGAAAAGUGGCAUUCCGCGACUGCAACGGGCGCUACCUGGCCCCCGUGGGUCCCACCGGCACAAUGAAGUCUGGGAAGAGCACCCGGGUCGGGAAGGAUGAACUGUUUGGCCUGGAGCGCAGCCACGCGCAGGUCGUGCUGACUGCAGGCAACGAGAGAAACGUCUCCACGAGGCAAGGCAUGGACCUGUCAGCCAAUCAGGACGAGGAAGGGGACCAGGAAGUCUUCCAGAUGGAGAUGAGUCGUGAGGACAGGAAGUGUGCCUUCAGAACCGCUGCUGGAAAAUACUGGACCCUGACAGCAAGUGGAGGACUGCAGUGCACUGCCUCCACCAAAUCAGCCAACAGCUACUUUGAACUGGAGUGGCGUGACGGUCGUGUGUGUGUGCGUGCGGCUAACGGCAAGUAUGUGAUCGCCAAGAAGAACGGGCAGCUGGCUGCUACUGUUGACAACGCAGGGGAGGCUGAACAGUUCCUGAUGAAGCUGAUCAACCGCCCAAUCAUCGUCCUUCGCGGUGAGCAUGGUUUCAUCGGGGCUCGUAAAGCUGGAAUGGCGACCCUGGACUCUAACCGAGCAUCCUAUGAUGUUUUCCAGCUGGAGUUCCACAACGGCGCUUACUCCCUUAAAGAUUCCCAGGGCAAGUAUUGGUGUGUUGGAGACGACACAGCGGUGGUAUGCAGCAGUGCCACACCUGUCCAGUUCCUGUUUGAGUUCUGUGACCUUAACAAGAUGGCUAUUCGUGCACUGGGGGGGAAGUACCUUAAAGGAGACCAUGCUGGGGGUCUAAAGGCCACCGUCGACUCCCUGGACAGCGCCACCCUCUGGGAAUACUGAGAAAGCACAGCCGGACUUCACCAAUAUCUGACACAAUGCUUCAAACUAUUGAUAGAUACUGUAGGUAGCUGUUUGGGUUUUUUUUUUUUUUGCAUAUGUGUGUGCGCCUGCGUGUGUGUGUAGUUGUGAAUUUGUCUGGAUGGAUGUGUGGUUGAAACUGAAGCUGAUAAACUGGAAGUCAUGGCACCAAAGCACUACAGGUGUUUUAUUUUUUAUUAUUUUUUCUUUCUUAACCAUUAUCUCUUCUUACUGGGCUUUUUACUGGAGGUUUGAAUCUAAAAUUGCUCGCUGUUCUGACGUGUUUAAUGAAUGAAUCAUAGUGUGGUUGCACAUUAAAUGUUUCAGUUCCAGUCAAACUUACGCAAGAUAUACCUGAUAAAUGUCAGGACGAUUACUGUUGUUAGUCGUGCCUCUCUGUGGUGACUACUGGUAUAACGAAUAUGUACAAUGCUAUAACUCAUAAUUCACAAUAUCUAACCUUCUCCUGUUAAAUGUCCUGCUGGCUCUGUUGCGCUGCUUUCAUCUCCUGUUCUCUUUUAAACUAUAAACCAUAAAGCACAUUAGAUAAAGGGAUGUAACUGGUUAACAUGUUUCUGCUGUAAAUAAUGCUUUAAUUGUCACUGAAUGCUUCAAAAACAUAGUAACAAUGGAAACUUUGAAUGCAAAAGUGUGUUGAGGCUGCGAAAAGAAAAAUGGGACAUGGCUGGCAGAUCUCACAUGUUUUUUGCCUGCACACUCUCCAUUUUUUCCCUCCUUAGUCUUAAAUGUGCAGGCAGACAAAAUCUGUACAUAGACUGCUUCAUCUUCAGAAAGUAGUCAGUGGUCAAAGGUUUUCCUUUAAGACUAGAUCCACUCAGCCCUCUCUGUGUCCUCCUAAGGUUUUAAAUUUACAGUAUAUGUCAGGAGGAAAUAAAUGAAAGGAGAGGACGAGUUAAAGGAGCUUUGAAACAUACUGAUUGACUGAAGGAGCGUUUUUAGACCAUUUCUGUUAAAAAAAUAAAGAAAUGAAAGGGAGGUUGUGAAUAGGGCCUAGUUACUGCACACUACACACUUAAAUGCACAUAAAUGCAGUAGACUGUAUACAAAUAUGCCAUCAUAGAUACAAUAUUUCCAACUAUGAAUAGUCAGUGACUCAAAAUCUGCACAAUAAUGUAGUGUCUAUUCGAAAAAAGUUAAAAGCACAUGUCUGUUGUGAUGACUUGUCUGCCUUAGAUUGGGUGCUGCUGCUGGUGUAUAAACACAAUGAUAGAGUCAGUCAUCUCUCUGGCUAUUAUUGUGGCUGUGCCUUCCAUAGAGCAUCAGUCUUUACAGCCUUUUCUUUUUCAUGUUCUUACAUUUCAACUGAACUGAGUAAAAAACCCCAAUAAAGUUUUCCCUCUUAACAGUG